AAAAGAGCAUUACCCUGGAAGACCCCCAGAGUGACAGGUUCGAUGGCACCAGGCAUUCAAAUGGAGGUGUGUGUGGAUUCAGUGGAAUCUGCAAUCAAUGCUGAACGGGGAGGAGCAAGUCGAAUUGAACUGUGUUCCAGUCUCAUAGAAGGUGGCAUCACCCCCAGUAUUGGUUUGUUGCAGUUGGUGAAGCAGUCGGUACGGGUGCCGGUGUUUGCCAUGGUCCGUCCACGCGGAGGGGACUUCCUCUACAACGACAGCGAGAUCGAAGUCAUGAAGAGAGACAUCAGGAUGGUGAAAGCCAACGGAGCAGACGGCGCCGUGUUCGGGGUGCUGACGGACGACGGAGGGGUCAACGCUCAAGUAUGCAUGGACCUGAUCGCUGAAUCUCGACCCUUGUCCGUGACCUUUCACAGAGCCUUCGAUAUGGUACACAACCCCUGCGCAUCGCUGGAGUGUCUCAUCUCUCUGGGCUUUGAACGAGUCCUCACCAGCGGUUGUGACAGCACCGCACUAGAGGGACUGCCGACUAUCAAGCGCUUGAUUGAACAGGCAAAGCAAAGGAUAAUUGUUGUAGCAGGCUUAGGGCUGACAAAGAGAAACCUGCAAAGGAUCCUGGAUUCCUGCAUCCGCGAAUUCCACUGUUCCGCCCGCUCGUCCCGAGAAUCUUUAAUGAAGUUUCGGAAUGUCUCGGUGUCCAUGGGAGCAUCGAUGGCCCCAGCAGAGUACAUUGUGAAGGUGGCUGAUAUCAACAAGGUCAGGAUGUUGAUAGCCAUUGCCAAGGAUGUGGUAUAAAACCCGAGAUCAUCAAUCCUGGGAGUGUCGGGAAGCAAGGAGCGGCGACAAGGAAUUACCCCCCCUUCUCUCUGAACAUCAUGAACCUUUGGUCUGUUGUAAACGGGAGCCAUGUCAGGUCAUAUGAAGAUGAACUCUGCCAACUCACACCACUUGUCCACCACCGAUUUUCCGGCACCUUUGGUUCCAGAGCCUUUCUGGAUUAUCCAUUUUGCCCGACCAACAGAGGUCACGGCCUCCGAGAGGAGUCCAACGGUACUGGAACGGUCUGUCUAGGCCACCAGAGGCCGAGAUACUGGUCUGCACCCUUGCCAUCUUAAUAGACAUAGACAUAGAAAAUGAGUAGGCCAUUCGGCCCUUCGAGCCUGCGCCGCCAUUCAAUAUGAUCAUGGCUGAUCAUCCAACUCAGUAUCCUGUACCUGCCUUCUGUCCAUACCCCCUGAUUCCUUUAGCCACAAUGGCCACAUCUAACUUCCUCUUAAAUAGAGCCAAUGAACUGGCCUCAACUACCUUCUGUGGCAGAGAAUUCCACAGAUUCCACAGACUCUCUGUGUGAAAAAUGUUUUCCUCAUCUCAGUCCUAAAAGAUUUCCCCCUUAUCCUUAAACUGUGACCCCUUGUUCUGGACUUCCCCAACAUCGGGAACAACCUUCCUGCAUCUAGCCUGUCCAACCCCUUAAGAAUUUUGUAAGUUUCUAUAAGUUCCCCCCUCAAUCUUCUAAAUUCUAGCGAGUACAAGCCGAGUCUAUCCAGUCUUUCUUCAUAUGAAAGUCCUGACAUCCUAGGAAUCAGUCUGGUGAAGCUUCUCUGUACUCCCUCUAUGGCAAUCCUUCCUUCAGCAGGACCACCUGAACUGCACACAGUGCUCCAAGUGUAGUCUCACCAACGACUUGGCCAGUUGUAACAUGACGUCCAAACUCCUGUACUCGAUGCCCUGACUCAGUCACUUGUGACUUUGAAUAUCUUAUCCACUUCAAUCAGACUUCUCUGUUCUCACAGAACAGUUUCUCCGAUGAAAUCCCUCAACCAUUUCAAUAUGUCUCCCUUGGUAAAUCCCUUCUGUACCUUGACCUCAUUCCUAAUGUGCGGUACCCAGCAUUGACUGCGAUAUUCUAAUUGAUAACAAACCAGUUAUUUUUAUACUUUGUAAUCUAGAUCUUUAUUAAUAAAGUCUUGAAUCCCCCUA